UUAGUUAAAAAAACAGAUCAUUUAUUUACUUUUUGUUUACACUUUUUGUAUACCUUGGGCUUAAAUCGAGAUGAAGCCAUUAUGGCGUUGAGUGUUCUUUAACAUGGCGUUGUGAGUGAGGUGGAGUGAAGUGGAAGUCCCUUCUUUUCGGAAAUUAAAUUAUUUUAACAGACACUUCGUGAUACACACAUACAAGGUGGAAGUUAACAUAGAACAGACAGUUAUGGAAGUUACAAAAGAUAGCACAAGCAAUCAAAGUCGAAACAUCUUGGAUCAAUCAGAUUUAAGAAGAGAAGCUUCCAAUAUGCAGCAUGAGAAUGACGAUUGGGAAACAUUAUGUACAAGGUCAAUAAAAAUAGAUCAUGAUGAGAGAUCAACUGGCACAUCUGACAAUAGCCACAGCAAUGAUAUUACAGAUGAAGAGAAUAUGUGCCUUGACAAUAAAAAUAUAUUAUGCAAUGGCUUAUGCCAGGAAGAUACAAAACAUGAUAUGGAAAUGAAUACCACUGAUGAUUUACGACAGUUUGAUGUGCUAGAUGAUCUAGAUCGCCAUCCAGAGCAAAAUAACGGUUCCGAUGAUGAGUCAGAAACAGAUGAGAGUAGAGAUUCUGAUGUGCCAGACGAAGAAAUUGAAGCCAUGCUAGAAGAAGGUCUACCAGAAGAAUUUAAAAGAAAGAAAAGAGAAAGAAAGGAUCGCUUGCCUUAUGAAGAAAGGGAGAAACUUGUUUUAGAUGAAAUUGGACAUAAUCAUUUUGACGUUCUUCCUGAAGGAUGGGUGCAAGUGACGCACAAUAGUGGAAUGCCAUUGUAUCUUCAUAAACAAAGUAGAGUUUGUACACUAGCAAAGCCAUACUUUCUUGGUCCGGGAAGUGUUAGGAAGCAUGAAGUUCCUGUAAGCGCCAUACCUUGUCUUCAGUAUAAAAGAGCGUUAGCAGAGGAGGAGGAAGAGCGAAAGAAGGAGAUGGAACGGACACCAAACGCGGAAGCUUGCAGUCUUCCUAGCGCAAAAAUUGAGACCAUACAAGAGAAUCGCGCGGCACAUUCAUUAGAUGGCGAGCAAUUAAGAAAUUAUUGUCAAUCUUUAUUUCGUUUUAAAUCUAUUAAAGUAAUGAGAUUUCAAUCUUGGUCAGCACGUCGGAAAUUCACGAAGAUCAAAAAGAAUCGUAAACAACUUGAACGUCCAACUUUACCAGACGGUACAAAACUGAUAACUUUUCCUGUUAGCAGUUCUAGUGGAAGUGGCAGUUGGAAUGUUGCCGACGAUAAUAGCCAGAGACCUGCCAGACACUGGAUAAUGAAUCCAUCAGGCAAAAGUUAUGUUUGUAUUCUUCAUGAAUAUGUGCAACACGCGUUAAAGAAGCAACCAACGUAUAAAUUUAAAGAAUUAGAAAACGCAGCAACACCGUAUUCUGCAGUAGUUUGUAUCAAUGAUAUGGAAUACGGAAGUGGAUUUGGGAGCAGCAAGAAGCAAGCGAAGGCUAAUGCAGCCCGGAAAACACUUGAAAUUCUGAUUCCUCAAAUGAAGGAUAAAAUUUCCGGCGAAAAUGGUGGGGAUAAUGGAUCGAAUAAUGACAGUCGUACAAUUAAAGCGUCUAGAGGAAAUUCCGAUGCUGAUCUUUCAUUCUUCGAUGAAAUAUCCAUCACGGAUCCACGUGUAGCGGAAUUUUGCUCAAAAACCACUGAACCCUCUCCGCAUGCUAUUUUAAUAACAUGUCUUCAAAGAAAUUAUGGCUUAGGGGAUAUGCACAUUGAUUAUUCAGUAAAUACCUUGAAACACCAACGAAAUGAAUUUACCAUGAAGGUUGGAAAACAUGAAGCCACUGUUGUUUGUCGUAACAAAAAAGAUGGUAAACAACGAGCAGCACAAUCAAUACUACAACUUAUGCAUCCACACAUACAAUCUUGGGGUUCUUUACUGCGCCUUUAUGGAUCGCGAAGUGUGAAGUCUUUUAAAGAAAAGAAACAAUUGGAACAGGAGAUAACCCUUUUGCAGGGUAAAGCUGCCGUUAAUCAACCAAAUCAUGCUAUAUUAGGUAAACUAAGACAAGAAAUGCGAAAACUGGCUGAACAACGCGAAGCAAUACAACCUAUUGGUAAGUUUGUGCCACCAGAUUUACCAACAGGAUCUGCAGCCAAUUUAAAUAAUGUAGAUUUAUAGAAAAAUAAUCUACAGAUUAUAUAUAUUGUUGCAUCUUUCAAUUCUCAUUCAUCAUGUCGGCCGGGAAAUUAUACAGUUUAGAUAAUUUAUAUA